UCUGUCCUCGUCACCAGCUCGGGGUCAGAGACAGAGACGGAGUGGUAACCAUGGCCGAGCUGGUGCUGUCUCCCAUGCCCAGCAACUGGCUGGUGGUGUUGCUGCUGCUUCUGUCAGCAGGUGUGCCAGCAGCCAAAACAGAAGACCUGUACCAGGAUCCCAAAGGAAGCACUUGUGCCCGGGUCUGGCAGAACCCACGUUUCAUAGCCCGCAAAAGGGGAGCCAUGGUGGAGAUCAGGUGCUACACAAAGGACCUGGGAGCGGUGAGCUGGCUACGGAAGCGGGAGACGGACUUGGAGCCCAAGCCACUGCUGGAAGACGCCCGCAUCCUAAGGAGCCAGAACGGCACCUUUGCCACCCUCACCAUCCAGGGCAUCCAGUUUCAGGACAACGGCAUCUACUUCUGCCAGCAGAACUGCUUGAAGGCGUCCCCCGGCACGGGCUGUGGCACUGAGCUGCGAGUCAUGGGAUUCAGCACCAUAGCACAGUUGAAGAGGAGGAACACACUGAAAGAUGGCAUCAUCAUGAUCCAGACCCUGCUCAUCAUCCUCUUCAUCAUCGUGCCCAUCUUCCUGCUGUUGGACAAGGAUGACAGCAAGCCCGGAAUGGAUGAAGACCACACCUACGAGGGCCUGAACAUUGACCAGACAGCCACCUAUGAGGACAUAGUGACUCUACGGACGGGAGAGGUGAAGUGGUCAGUGGGGGAGCACCCAGGCCAAGAGUGAGGGGCCGGCCCUCCCCACGCCUCUGGGCCCAGCCAGCUGGGCCUUCGUGGACAGCUUCAGAGCCACUGCCAGCUCCCAGCUCAUCUCUUCCCCGGACCUCGGUCAGCCUCCGAAGCUGGCCCACCAGAUCUGCCUGCCCCUCUAGCCCCUGGUUUCCAGCUCUUACCGAGGAGACCAGAGUAGAAGGGGUGCAGGGCGGUGAUGUGGAGUGAGGAGUUCUCUGGGGACAGACUGGACCCAGCCUUCUGGGGGUGCUAUGUGGGGAUCCAUCCCACGUUCAGGACGGGGAAGACAGAGGCUUAUCCGAAAACUGCAAAUGGACUCAGAGCAGACCAGCUUCCUGCAGAGCCUGGGAAAGGUGGUGGCCCGUCCCACUUGGCCACAGAGGGGCCAGGGAGAGCCACCUGCCUCUCCCACUCUCUCCUUCCCUCUGCUACCCCAGGGAGCUCCUAGCCUUGAUCCCAUUGUCCUAUGUAAUAAACGGUGUGUCGUGAAACUACACACAGGCUUGUGACAUCUAUGGGUUUGGAGUGGGUGAGAGUCUCUCUGGGCACAAAUGUUUGGGCCCCUGUGGGCCCAUGGGGUGCGGGAGAGGAUGACUGCCAUAGGGCUCACGGACCUCUCCCGUGCUCAAGGGCUUCUCUCUGAAGGCCUGGCUGGGAUCUGUGGACAUGCCUUCCAUCUUCCGUUAGCUGGGCCCAGCCUGGAGAAAAGCUAAUAGCCCUUAUUGGCGGGCAUGCCCCCAUCCUGCCUUCUCUUUAGCCCACGAGCAGCGCUUGGGUCCUGCUCUGUAGGGCAGGGGUCUCAGCCCUGGAGGAGCUUGCCCUCACCCACCCAUCCCAACCC